AGACCACAAGUUAGCGCGUCUCUGAAUGUUAUGUCUGGAGUGAGGUUAGACAAUACGGAUAUUUUUGAACGUGUUGGGGCCGAGUCAUAUGGACGACCUGGUGAAGAAACUGGUGCGAUAGACACUAAAGAAAAUGCUCCACAUUAUACCAUUCAAGGGGUAUUACAUUUUUUACAAACUGAGUGGAAUCGUCUGGAGAUGCAACGCUCCCAAUGGGAAGUCGAGCGAGCUGAAUUGCAAGCACGAAUAGCAUUCCUUCAAGGGGAGCGUCGUGGUCAGGAAAAUCUAAAGCAGGACUUAGUUCGACGAAUUAAAAUGUUAGAGUAUGGUUUGAAACAGGAGCGUGUCAAAUUUCAUCUAUACAAAGCUUCAGUUUCUGCUGGCAACCCACUUACUUCCCUCAAACAAACUGAUCAAGAAUCUAGUACCAGAAGUGAAUCAACCACCGCAAAGCCUUUGCUGAAACCAGCUGAAAAACUAGCUGAGUGUACUGAGCAGACUCUCGAAAGUAAUGUGAAGUGGCGAGAGAGUCGAUUACGUCUCAAACAGUUUCUUCAGGAAGUUGGUUAUGCAGAUGCUGUCCUUAGUGUACGCGAAGCACGUGUACGCCAUUUAUUGUUGUCAGCUGCAGGGUGGCCUAAUGAACCUGACUCUUCUCUCACGACUGCAGAUCCGAAGAAUAAACAUUAUCUUUGGGAAUGUGAUAAGCCCAAGUCGAAACUCAAUGAUAAUGCUGGUUAUGAUGCCAGCCUUCAAGAUGAACUUGCGGAAGAUGCUAUAGCAAAAAUAAAUCAGGUUGUGCGAUCAGGCUCAGAUUUUCUCACGUCUGAUGAUUUGGGUUCUGGAUUUGGUAGUGAGUUAAAUGACCAAUCUACCGAACCGGAUACAACAGGGAAUUCGGGUACUGACAAUUCUGAAUCAUUUGAUAACGCAAGUUGGGUGAACAGAUUUCGUCGAACAAGUGAUGCGAAUAAACGCAAAUCGCAGGGUCAAACAAAUUACUCGCAACGAAAUGAGUAUUCGAAGAAUAUAAGUUCUAGUACCACAGUAUCCUCGUUUCUGAACAGUUUUGGGGAAAUUGGAAGUGCAGGACAAUCGAAGCGAUUCGGUCGUAAACAUGCAGCCGAUACAAAUAUUUUGGAUUUAAUCAACACAUUGUCGGAAAAAGUUGAUAAUAAUGAUGAUUUUUUAUCAAACGCUGUAUCUGAUAUUAAUUCAACCGCCGCAGUAUAUCCUAGUAGUGGUCAAACUCCGAACUCCGUCUCACCGAACAAUAAAUCGAGUUCACCAAAUAAUGGAACAAAUUUAUGGGGAUCGGACUUAUCAGAUCCCAAUGUUGUAGAUUCUACUGGUCAGGUUGGUGUAAAAGGUCGUCUGGAAUCUGUGAAAGAAUCUAAUCCGACAGAUCCUCUUGGGCUAGGUGAUCUGGCUAGUUUAACUGUAGCUAACGAAGCUGAUUCAGGUUUAAAUGGUGAUGUUUGUGACUCAAAUUUACCUGGAAGCAAUUAUGAAUCAUCAGUGUUAGGUGGCUCUGUCAGUAGUAAUGCUCAAGUAGACAGUGCGGCAAAUAUUUCAUCAACUUACUCAACUGGUCGUCGACCGUGGGCCCCGAGAUAUACACUUCGCGGUCACUUCGAUGGUAUCAGAAGCGUUGCAUUUCAUCCCACCGAACGAGCUGUUUAUACUGCUGGUGAAGAUGGAUGUGUAAUGCUUUGGAAUUUGUUAAAAACUGGGCCUCCGGGAUCGGCUAUUACCUCAGGAAGAGCAGGUCUCAAUUCAGGUCCAGUGGACGAAUUGUCACCUGUACAUGUUUACUGUGGCCAUAAAGGCCCUGUUUUAUGUGUCACUACGCCAAGCCCUCUGCUUUCUUCAACUAUGAGUACUGCUGUGUAUUCUGGUGGUCUUGAUGGAACAGUUCGAUCAUGGCGUUUACCAUCUGCCUCUAAUGGCCUAGGUCUGAUUGACAUAUAUGCACCUCAAGAACUAGAAACCGUGACUGGUCCAGUUUUCGCAAAUUCAUCAUCACCUGUUUGGUCAAUCGCUGUACACCCAUCUAGUCCUCUGUUACUUGCUGCUCAUGCAAAUGGUUCUAUCGAUUUUUGGUCUACUGUAGAAAAGCUUGAAAAUGAUUCACCAAUUUCUCCAGUCCUAUCAGUUCAUAUGGAUCGCCUAAUUAAACCUUUAGGUGCUAAUGAACCUCCGUUCGGACGUCCAACUUGUCUUCAUUUUUUGGUCAGCCGUCCGGAUUCAUUAACGGCCUCUCAAUGUGUUGUCGGAACUAGCACGGGAUGGUUAGCGCUAUUAGACGUUCAGACUGGUCAGUUAAUCAACCAAAUACCACCAGCACCUCCUCUGACCGAUCCUAGUCGCGAUGAGCAGCCACUGAAUAUGGCAAACAUACCGGUAGCAGGCGAAUGUAGUUUACCUUCUGGUUGGACAGAACGUUCACUUAAUGCUCUGGGUUCACAUCAAACAUUAUCUCUCGUUAUUGGAGCCCAUGAGGAUCGUUGUAUUCGGUUCUAUGAUAUCAACCGCAUGUCCGACCGUUCGUCAGUUACGAAUUCGGCAUGUGUAGACGCUAUGGUUACACAUUUGAAUGCUGUUACAAGCCUUGCAGUCGAUCCUCACGGUCUGUAUUUAUUGACUGGAAGUCAUGAUGCCUCUAUUCGUGUUUGGGAUGUUGAAAGUCGUACAUGCAUACAAGAAAUGACUAAUCAUGGAUUCAAAUACAAUGAAUCAGUUCAUUCAGUAGCUUUACAUCCACAACUUCCUUUAGCAGCUAGUGCUGGAGCAGAUGCCAUAUGCAAAAUUUAUGUAACAGCUACAUAAAUAAUUGAUUAAUUUCGAUUAUAUUCUCUUCAUAAACAUUCAACCAUUUGUAAUUUUCGUUUUUUCUCUUUUCUCCAGUGUUAAACUGCAUAACUUUUUUGUUUUCGUAUUAUGACAUUAAUGUUCGGUUGAUAUUCUUUUUUCCCAUCUACUGUUUAUGUAUGUAUGUAUGUCUUCUCAUUCCGUUUUAUUGUUUGUUAAAUGUAGAAAAGUAUAUUUAUACAUAAUUUUGAUCUGCAUGCCUACUUUAACAUUUUCCUACUCUUUAAAGACUUGAUAGUAUUGCUGACAAUUUCAAUUUAUUAGUAGUAAUUGAUGUGUUUUUUCUUCAUUCGAUCCAUUUUAUUUUGUUUCUGGCAUUUUAUCGGUUCUCUUCUAAUUUGCUUACAUAAAUUAGUUAGAUUUACUUUUAUUUAUGCAUUGUUAUAUUCGUUUUUACAUAGAUACACUUGUCUUUAUUAUCUAAGCUAUAGACUUGUAGUUUGAAUCCUAAUAUGUUUCAUAUGUUGAUUAAUAUUAAGGUGACAACGUACUACAUACUCUAUUCAUUAUCAUCG